GUGAGUUUGGUGACGUAUUCAGGAACUGAAAAGUGCUGCGCUGCAUUGCAUAGUACUGGCUGAGCUUUUAAAACAUCUGUCUGUAUCAUCCACAACACAGGGGAAACAAUGUCAGAGCAGAGCCAGGACAGCUUACAACUGAAGCUGGAUCAGCUUGAUUGUCACUUUACUUGGGACAUUCGAAAGGACGAUCUAGACUUAACAAAUGUCCUCAACAGACUCGAGGAACAGGUCAAGAUGGGUCUUGGGAGGGAAGAAGGGGUUGCACGCACUCACUGUUCUUUAGGAUAUGCAAAAUGUCUUCUCGGUAACAAAGAAGAAGCCCUUACUCACCUGUCAAGAUCUGAGACGCUCAUAAAAGAAAAGCUUGGCAACAAUUGUGACAAGACUCUCAUUGUCACUUAUGGUAAUUUUGCCUGGAUGAACUACCAAAUGGAGAACUACACAGAGUGUGAAAGUUACCUGGUUAAGCUUCAGAAGAUACAUGAAAUGUUUCCUGCCGAGUCUGUUCCAGAGGUGCUUGGUGAGAAAGGAUGGGCUUAUCUUAAGUUCUCUUAUAAGUAUUAUGAUAGAGCUGUGGAGGCUUUCCAGAAGGCUGUAGAACUGGAUCCAGAAAAUAGUGAGUGGAACGCUGGUUAUGCCACAGCACUGUAUCGCAUUGAAACCGCACUGAAUCCAUUUCGCACUGAAAUGGAUACACCUUGUAUUGUGGAUUCACCUGCUAUCAAACAGCUGAGACUGGCCAUUAGCAUCAACCCAGAUGAUGAUUCCUUGAGAGCUCUUCUAGGACUUAGGCUUUUCUUAUGCUCCAAAAAGUUGAUGAAAGAGUCUGAGAAACUAAUGGAGACAGCUCUGAAUGGCUCUCCAGAACAUCCACAUGUCACCAGAUACGUUGCAAAAUUUUUCAGGAAUCAAGGAUCUGUAGACAGGUCCAUUGAACUGCUGGAGACAGCACUUCAAAAAUCACCAAACUCUGGUUUCAUACAUCAUCAGUUGGCAAUGUGCUACAAGACUAAGAAAAUUGACUUGCAGAAAGAGAAAGGGGACAGGCAUCAGAUAAAUAAUGCACGAAAUCAGUGCAUCUACUAUUUAGAAAAGGCAACUUCCCUAAAGGAUUCUUUUAUCAUUGCAAUGUGUGAGCUCGCAAUGCAGUACGGAGAGAAACAUGAAUUGUCCAAGGCAGAGGGACUGUUUAAAAAAACAUUUAUUACCGCCAAAGAGAAAAAUGAGUGCAUACAUAUAGUACAUUGUUACUAUGCAGAGUUCCAGCAGUACAGUAACAGGUGUGAGCUUUUGGCUAUCGAGCAUUACAAGAAGUGUUUAACAAUGAAUCCAGAUAGUAGUGAGGGGAAUAGAAGUGCAUACAAAUUGAUGAACAUUGCCAAGAAACAUCUGAAAGCCAACCCAAAUAAUUGGGAUGCCCAUGAAAUACUGGGAUUAAUUUAUCAAAAGAAAGGGGAAAUGUUCGGAGACACCAAGAGCUAUGCAGGAACAGGAGAUGAAGAGAACGAUGAAUGCCUCCACAACCUUUUAGAGAUCAACUGUAAAAUAUAAACAUCUACAAGGAUGUUUAAAUACUUUUUUUUUUUUUUUUUUAAAAGGACCUUAUUUGCUAAUGCGUGCAGAAAUCCUUUUCAUAAACACAGACAAUUGGAUAAAUUCAGAUUAUUCCAAAAAAAGCAACAUCAAAAUCUGCAUGAAGCAAGCCCAAACUAUGCCCACAUAGAGGAAGACAUUUCCAUACAGUCUCACUGCUUUUUAUUUUCACAUGCUGUUUUUUUUUCCACUUUCAUCAUGCUCACUAAUGCCUUGGAAUGGAGACAUUUGUGAAUUUCAUAUUAGUGGAAGACAUGUUUUAGCUCUUGAUCUGGGCCUAAAUUGUAUUAUUCUCUGAGAACCCAUUAUACAUUUCCCAGUACUGGGUUGUGGCUGGAAGGGAAUUCGCUGUGUGAAACAUGCUGGAAUAGUUGGGGACCAUUGAAAUAGAGACUAAGCCAAAGGAAAAUGAAUGAAUUAAUUAACCCGUUAUACAAAAACUAUGUGCACUUUCAGAUGUACUGUGAUUCAUUCUGUAACUUUUUGUCACAUGUGGGAUUUUACAGUAAACAAAAAGCAUAGUAAAAUAUUCUGUUAACUGAUAUAAUAUUAAUUUAUCAACCUACCGAAAAACUAAAUUACCCAGAGAUGGGUUUCAGCUGGAAGGGCAUCCGCUGCAUAAAACAUUUGCUGGAUAGUUUGGCGGUUCAUUUCGCUGUGGCGACCCCAGAUUAUUAAAGGGACUAAGCUGAAAAUAAAAUGAACGAAUAAUUAAAUAUUUUGUGCAGCUUACACUGAUAUCCAUCAAUGAAAAGUUAAUAGAACACUAAAAUGUGUACAUGUCAUUCACCAUCCUGAAAUUGAGAGGUUUGUUCCUUGACAUACCAAAAAAUAAUAAUGAAUUAACCUAUAAAUUGAUAUUUUUCAAAAACUAAUUGGCACAUCCAUCAUGACAGCGUUUAGCUGUAAAAUGUCUUGUUAUGAUUAAUUACACUUCACCAUAUAGUAGCAAACGGAUGUUUACAGUUAACCAAUUAGCAGGCUUUUGUAGUACUGUUACAUUUUUCUGUUUUUUACUUUAAACUUAUAUUUGUGCAGUAUAUGGAUUCAAUGUUUAUUGCAUUUAAAAAAGUGAUUGAUGGAAAACAUCAAAGCACAUUUAAGGGGAAAUCUUUAUUUUAUUCAAAGAAAAUGUACAUUAAAACUUAUGUUUAACAAACUUAUGUACUGAUUUCAUCAAAAAUGAACACCUAAACUCUCAUUUAUCUGAUGAGAGUCAUAAUUUAGUCUAUUAUUUUAAGAAUUUAGUUGUAGUUUUAAGUUAUCAAUUAUUAUUUGUUAAACCGUUACAUUACAUGUAUUGUAUCCAAUGCUAAAUUACAGGUUUGAAAAGAAUGUGCAAAUAACAAGUGUGUUUUGUGGUCAUUCGAACAUUGUUUUUAACGCCAGACCAUUCAUUGUUUUUGCUACUUUAGUUUCUAACAAUAAAUAACGAUCUAAAAUGUGACUGUUCAUGUGAUGGCAUCACAGAAAUCAUUAAUUGAAUAAAAUAAGACAGCAUGAGUAUUUUAACUGAGAGUGUAUUUUGGUAGCUAUAACGAGCAUGCCAAACUAAGUACUUAUAAAGUGCGGUAAAAUCCCAGCCAAGGCCAUUAUUGAUUAAAAUAAUAAAGUCCUCCUACCAUUGCAAAUCGUUUACAAUAGCAAACAUAAAGUGCAUGUAAGUCCUGAUUGUCCAGACAUAUUUCGAUCAGCACUGCCCUCUACAGGCAAUAAUUACUUUCUACAACUGAAAUAUCAGUUACUACCGAAACAAAACUGCAUGUUGUCCAAAAACAGUUUACCAAUUAUCAAACGUUAUAUAUGAGUAAACUUAUGAGAUAUAAUAAAAUAAUUGCAUAAAAGACUAAUUUUAAGACUGCAUUUGUAAGCGAGGAGGAAUUUUGGUUAGUCGGUAGAACAUCCCCAUAUGGGUUCACACGUUCUUACUCAAAGACAGAAUAGUUACCUAACGGAUAUGCAUCUACACUCAGGAAAUAAAAACUGAAAGUACAGCGCGGUGUAAGCCAGUAAUCUUUAAACAUUAUUUGCGCAUACUUUUCUGCAAAGAAAAUGAUGUCAGAAAUAAGGUGAGUUCUUAAUCUUAACACAAAGAUUUCAUAUAUUUUUUAAAAUCUUUAGAAUAAGUGCGAUGCAAAUGUCAGAUCUUAUCUGGUCUGGUCGCAUGUUGCACGGGUGUGUUUUUGCAACAGCAACAGCCAAAUGUAGGCCACACUGUAUGGAUCACAAUGAUCGAUUUUUCUUUAAUGCCAAAAAAAAAAAAAAAAAAACAGAAUUGCAAGCAAAGAUCAUGGUCCGUGAAGAUAUUUUGAACGUUCGGUUAAUUUAUCAGACAGAUGCAAAUAAAUUUUAACUGUGUGGUUUUCAUGUUUUCUGUCAAAAUACGCCAGAGAGAGACAAGAUAUGUGAACUUAAAGCUUAAUCUCUCGAGAUAUGUCUACACAUAUACUAAAUUUGAUCACAUUUUAAAACAAAAUACUUUUAAUGUAGGCAAUAAAAUAGUAAAAAUCUUUUAAACGACAACACAAUUUUAGAUAAAGGUAUCAAAUCAACUAAACUAUUCAGAAUGUUAUACUCCAUAAUGCAGAAUUGUUUUUUUUUUUUAGAUUUUGCCUUUGCUUUUAAUAUAUACAGUUCUGAAUCCACAUUUUCCUGUAUAUUAAACUCUGAUGCCAUUUGAGAUAAAACUAGCAAACCAAGUGCAGAAAAUUCUGUAUUUCUUUAUACGGUACACAAGGCUUCUUUUUGUACGUUAUACGUUUUAUAAAUUCUUAUUUUGUUUUUAUAUACAGUACUAAAUCUAUAGUUUCAAAAUGUUGAAUACAAUGUGCUUUCAUUGAUUAAACUGACACCAUUUCAAAUUUUGA